CAGCGAGGACUCAAGCAAAGGGAUGAGUUUCAUCCCAACCCUUCCCCACCUCGUACUGAGUCAUGGGAUCAUACAGCAGUUUGGGUUGGGAGGGAGCUUCAGAGCUCAUCCCUGCAUUGAGCAGGGAGGUUUUCAACUAGAAGGAUCUUCAACUGAAGCUAUGGGCUGUCCUGCCCGACAGCAUCACCCCCUCCCAGGGCACCCUGGGCUUCACCCCUGGGGCUCUCCUGCUCCCUCCCCUGGGACUGGGGGGAUUUCUGCAGGAAGAAGGACUUUGCCAUCACCCCGGCAGCACCAAGAACCCAAGCGAUGCCCUGGGCUGAAUGAGCCCUCCCUGCACCUCCCUGUGCCUGCAGCUGUCCCUGCAGAAGAAAGAGAAACCGAGGCACAGAAAGAGCUGCCUCACGGCAGCAGUUCACUGCCCCGCUGGGUACCACGGGGUGCCGGUACUGGUACCAGUGCUGCUACUGGUGCCUCCGUGCUGCUCUGCUGCCUGGCCUGGCUCAGCAGUGGAUGCAGGGGCUGCCCCCAGGGCUCAGCUGGGGCUGUUUAACCUGCAGAGAGGUUUCACCUGGGGCCUGGUGGGUCCAUAACCCAUCACUGGGGCUCCCUCAGGGUGGCUGCUCUUAUAAACCAGCAGCCUGGGGGCUCUAAGGGCUUUUUCUUCCUUUCUUUUCCUUUCUUUCCUCUUUCAGGAGCCUUUGUUCGGAGGUGGGGAGGGUUUGGGGUCUCUGCCUGCAGGUCUCUAGGAUGUAGUGCCCGGACUUUCUACCCUUCCCAGUACUGCCAAGCAGACGAAGGAUGAUCUCAUCGUACAGCUCUGGGGUGGCCUUAGGGCCCUGUUCCCAGCCCAGCUGCAGCACCCCAAUGCCAGGACUGAGGAAUCCCGUCCCAACACAGCAUCUUCGUCCACAACAGAGCUGCUCACUCGAGCUCCUCAGGCAGGAGGACUUCUUUGAGAGCUUCAGUGGGACCUUCUGCAAUGUGAGUGAUGCUUCAGGGGCCAAUCUGCUGGACUGCACCCACUCCAUCCCCGACCAGCAGCUGAUCCAGAGGAUCGUGUCCCAGGUGGAGUUCUACUUCUCUGAUGAGAACCUGGCCAAGGACGCUUUCCUCCUGAAACACGUCCAGAAGAACAAGAUGGGCUUUGUCAGCAUCAAGCUCCUGACGUCCUUCAAGAAGGUGAGAUACCUGACGCGUGACUGGCGGCUCACGCUCUAUGCCCUGCAGUUCUCCAGGCUGCUGGAGGUGAACAAGGAGGGGACCAAAGUGAGGAGGAAGAUCCCCAUCCCCGAGUCCCUCCUGACCGUGCCUCCCAGCAAACUGCUGCUGGCCUGGGAGCUGCAGCCCCAGGAGCAGGACGUGCCUCUGCUGCGCCAGAACUGCUUCCUGGACACCAUCACAAGGUUGUUCAGCCCCUUUGGAGCCAUCGCCGCCAUCCGCAUCCUGCGUCCAGGCUGCAAACUGCCCUCGGAUGUGCAGAAAUACGCAUCCCGCUUCCCGGAGCUGCUGAGCAAGUGCUGCGCCACGGUGGAGUACGAGAGCCUGGAGAGCGCCUGCAGGGCCUUUGAGGACCUCAGCAGCAGGAGCUGCCGGGGCAGGGAGCGCAUCAAAGUGGUCCGGCUCUGGAUGAGGGACUCCAAGAAGAAACCUGGUGCUGAGAGGAAGGCGGAGGAGCUGGACCAGAUGGGAUGGAGGCUGCAGGCGGCAGCUUCCGUGUUCCCCCGUAGCCUCGGGGACUCCGGGCUCUGCAGCUCUCUAGGGUCAGAUGGUGCCAGGGUCUCGCCACCCCUCCUCCAGAGCAGGGACCCCUCCGCACCCACCUCAUUUGAUGGCAACUUGAAGCUCAGCAACUUCAGCAACAGCAUCACUGGCUCUCUCCUCGGCAGCAAAGUCUUCCCCCCGCUCAGCUGGGACCCCAAGAGCUGCUCCGGCCCCUGCUGCAGCCCCGAGCGCCGCUGCGGAUGGAGCCCCUGGCACAGCAGCCCCGCUCCCGAUGCCAAACCCUGUCCUGGCUCUGCCCCACCAGCCCAGGGGAUGCUGAGCGACCGCCUCGGCCUGCGGGAUGUGCUGCUGCGCCUGCGCCACGGCUCCGAUGGCACCAAGGGCUUCGGGAGCGGAGAGCUCGUCCUCCGGCGCUGAGGCUCCUUCACGGUUGGGUUUCGGGCUCCGUCUGUUCUCUUG